AUGGGCAUCACAUCCAAGCUCGCCGCGCUAUCACCCUUUGGCCACAAGGAGCACGGCGACGACGAGGGCGAAGCCUUUGACCCGACUUCGGUCGCCGGCGGUGGCCUCGGACACAGUCAAGAAUCCGACGCCCAGCUGCGCGUGAGCCAGCGCCUGCGCAAGUUUAUCGCCGACAAUGGCAUCCUCGACACUGAGCACGCCGGCGUGGGCAGCGACGACACGCCACAGGCUCUCAGAGACCUCGUCUCACGCCCACACUUUCGCGUCCCACCGGCCGUCAUCGACCGCUCCCACCCGCUCACCGAUUACUACAUGUCGUCGAGUCACAACACGUACCUCCUCGCGCACCAGCUGUACGGCACAUCUUGCCCGACAGGCUACGAAAUGGCCCUCAAGACAGGCGCGCGCUGUGUUGAAAUCGACGCGUGGGACAACUCGGCCGACCAGGACGAGCCCAAGGUCACGCACGGCUUCACCCUCGUGUCGAGCAUUUCGUUCCGGUCCGUGUGCGAGACGAUUCGCGACGUCGUCGACGCUGAGCAGGCCGAGUAUGAGAAGAACCCACACGACCGCCCCGCACCCAUCUUCUUGUCGCUGGAGAACCACUGCGGCGCGCAUGGGCAGCAGCGGCUCGUCGACAUCAUGAACGAGGUCUGGGGUGAUCGACUGCUCGGCGCAGCAGCACGGGCCAAGGGCCACCAGGAAGAGAUUGACGACAGCGUUCGCGUGCGCCUCGACGAGCUCGAGUCCAAGAUCUGUGUCAUGGUCGAGUACCACUUUGACGACGAGCCCGACGGCGAGGACGGGGACGAGGGUGGCGACGAAGACGCCGGCGCCGACCCCGACGCCGACGCCGACCAGGCCAAGGCAUACGACGCGCAAAAGAAGGCCGCUGCGGCCAAGGCCAAGGCCAUUAUCCCAGCACUCGCAUCCAUCGGCGUCUACGCGCAGAGCGUCAAGCCUCCCAACAACUCGUGGUUCGAGUCGUCGCUGGACAAGGCACCCCACAACCACCUCAUCAACAUCUCCGAGUCUGCCCUCGGCGCCCACCUUCCAGCGCAAGCCAGCAAGAUUGCCAACCACAAUGCUCAGCACCUGAUGCGUGUCUACCCCCGCGGCACCCGCAUCCGCUCGUCCAACCUCCGCCCGGUGCCAUUCUGGGGCAUUGGCGCUCAGGUCUGUGCCCUCAACUGGCAGCGUUUCGGCGUCAACAUGCAGCUCAACCACGCCAUGUUUGCGGGCACCGACGGCUACGUACUCAAGCCGGCCUACCUGCGCGGGAACCCCAUCCCGGCACUGCCCACCGGUCGUCGACGCCUUCGCCUGCGGGUCGCCGGCGCGUCCGAUGCUCCUCCCUUCACCGCACCGUACGUCUCGUGCGUGCUCAUCCACCCCAACGACCUCAAAAACGACCCUCCCAAACGCAAGACUGGCAAGGACCGAGAGGAGAAUGUCGACCCCAUGUGGGACGAGACGCUCGAGUGGGAGUACGACGAGAGCGAGCUCGUGUUCCUUCGCAUCCUGCUCAAGAGCGACGAAAAGAUGGCGCGGAACCCAGUCCUCACGGCGACGACGCUUCGCCUCCUCUACGCUGUCCCCGGCUGGAGCUUUAUGCGCAUGUGGGAUCUUGGCGGGCAUCUGACAAAGACGUCAUUGCUGGUCCACAUUGACAUUGAGGAGAUAUAG